AUGAUUAUAUGUAUAGAGAAGAGAAUGGUGAUUGUCGCAGUUGGAUCUACAAACAAGUCUAAAAUCCGUGCUGUACAAAUUGCAUUGGAACAGGUGUUCCCAUUAGAACAGACACAUCAAGUGUUAGCAGUUUCUGUUGAAUCGAGUGUGUCUGCUCAACCAAUGGACGAUGACGAAGCUAUAAAAGGUGCUGAGCAUCGUGCAAAGGUGGCUCUUGAAAAGGAACCAACUGCCCUUUAUGGUGUUGGUUUGGAGGGAGGAGUACAUAAAAUAGGUGAUAAAUGGUUUGAAUGUGGAUGGAUUGUAACGGUUGAUCGUAAUGGUAGAACGGGUAUUUCAAGUACAUCAAGAUUCGAAAUGCCAAAGUUAGUCAUGAAUGAGAUCAUCGACAAUGGCAAGGAAUUGGCAGAGGUCAUGGACCAAAUAACAUCAAAGACUGAUGUUAGAUCAAAUGAAGGUGCUAUGGGUAUUUUUACCAAUGGUCUAUUGCAUCGUGAUCAUGUUUAUUCUCAUGCCGUCAUCUUUUCAUUCUCUAAAUUUGUUACUAGUCCUUCUUAUUGGAGUUUAGAUAAUUGA